UGAGGGAAGCUAGGUCGCAGGAAAGGGAACGAUUGGCAGCCCAAACUGUACAUUGUAUUCAUUCCGCACUUGUCGCUGCGAUCUUAUCAUGGCCGUCUGGUAAUGUGGACCUUCCAGAAUCCCCUCAUCGUGCCUUUCUGAGUCCAGCAGGACCGAGUCCCACCAUGGCUUCAGUUGCCCCCUUUUGCACAUCUGCCAGAGCCUCGGCUGCGGUCGCGGUUGCUCUGCUCUUGGUGUCGGUGUCCAUGGUGGAGACCUCUCAAGGCGACAAGGAGCCCGUGUACCGGGACUGCGUGAAGAACUGCGUCCGGACGAAUUGCACCGGGGUUCGGCUUCGGGGCUUCCAGUCAGCGCAGCCGCAGUACAUGGCCCUCACAGGAUGGACUUGUCGCGAUGACUGUCGCUACCAGUGCAUGUGGACCACUGUGGGCCUUUACGAGGCAGAAGGCUACCAAGUUCCACAGUUCCAUGGCAAGUGGCCGUUCGCACGCUUUCUGUGUUUCGAGGAACCGGCAUCUGCGCUGGCAUCUCUGCUCAAUGGCCUGGCCUGCCUUCUGAUGAUGCUGCGCUACAGGAGCACUGUCCCACGCCAGAGUCCCAUGUACCACACCAUCAACGCCUUCUCCCUGGUGUCGCUGAACGCCUGGUUCUGGUCCACUGUGUUUCACACACGAGACACGUUUCUUACAGAGAAAAUGGACUAUUUCUGUGCCACAGCUGUGAUUCUGUACUCCAUCUAUUUGUGUUGCGUCAGGACCCUGGGUCUGAGGCGCCCGGGAUUGUCCAGCAUCGUGGGAGUCCUGCUAAUACUGGCCUUCACCUUCCAUGUGUCCUACUUAACGUUUGUCUCUUUUGACUAUGGCUACAACAUGGCUGCCAAUGUCACUAUAGGAAUGGUGAACCUGCUGUGGUGGCUUUGCUGGUGCUGGAUGAACCGGCGAACGCUGCCAUACUGGUGGAAGUGCGGCCUGGUGGUGCUGCUGUUGCAUGGUCUGGCGCUGCUGGAGCUGCUGGACUUCCCCCCACUACUCUGGAUCUUGGAUGCUCACGCCAUCUGGCACCUCAGCACCGUCCCUGUGCACUUCCUUUUCUACAGUUUCCUUAUUGACGACAGCCUUUACUUGUUGAACACUGAGAAGCUGGGGGUCAAGGUUGAGUAGGAUGAGAUCCCGGCCUCUUCAUCGCACUUCCACCCUACCGCGUCUCCAUCGGGAACCCCAACCGAAACAGCAUGACACUUUGUGACCUGGUGUUCUUUCUUGUCUUCUUCUUUCGUCAUUUUUGGACACUGUUGAUGUUUACUUGACUUUGUACAGCUUCACUUGCUAUCAUGAGCACAGGUUUCUGUUCUCUGCGCGGGAGGGAUCCGCAAUAAUCCUCCUCCAUUGUUAGGAUUCCUGAUUUUAGGUGGCGCUAUUUCUCCCGUUCCACGCGUUCUCAUUGCACCACACAAUGUCGGUCACCAGAGGGAGCCAAAUUAUUUUGCCGGAAAUAAGUAACUGUGUCUGUGCCUCAAAUAGCGAGAGGUGCCCCGCGGAGCUGGCCACAGAUUGUUCUCGACAGAGGGGUGGGUGAGUGUGUUAGAAGGCCAUUGUAGCCGACUCUAUUGUCACCAUUGCACUUUCUUCGUUGUUUCCGUUGCUUCGUUGUUGGUGACGCUCGACACGUUUUAUUUAAUUGCCGACUGCCUUAGCUCUCAAAUCCAUUGGCCAGUGCUUUUUAAUUUUAUUUUUUAAGAGAGUUCAUGUGGAUGACUUUGAAUAUGGUGAGAAGAGCAUGCACAUCAUGAUGUUGCAAUCACCGGAGCUGCCUUGUUGUGAGAGGUUUGAGGGAAAGCAUGAGGAUGCGUGUGUUAUUUCAGUUAAAUCAGAAACUCAUCUAGAGGUGUCCCUCUUUGAGAUGGCCCACUUCGUCUUCCAUUUUGUGUGAAGGUUUUUACAUCAACUAAGUCUACAUAUUGCCUCCAUUAGAGUCAUAGCAGAUUUGCCGGUCAUGAAUAUUUGUGUAUUUUACAGAAUUAUUGUGAUGGAGUGUGAGUACAGACUGACCUCGACGUGCACACGUUUGCCUUUUCUUUCAACCGGUUGAUUUAUUUUUACAUGACACUGAUUCACCUGGUGUGAGUGAGAGCCAAUUUAUGCUCUGCCUUUUUUCUAAAUAUUCUUGGGUGUGUAAAUAUGCGCGUACUGUAGGAUGUUUGCUGUGUGGAUGAUUGAGGGAGUAUUUAGCAUUGCUGACAGCCUGUGAUGAUGACAGGGGGCACGGAGAGUCACCGUACUCGUAGAAUAAUAGCAGCUGCCCUGAUUCCUGACCUCGAGAGAUGAGAUGCACUCAUCGUGAAAAAUCAAGGUAUUAAGAGGUGUUUUUUUCCCUCAUCCAUUUACAAAUCACAAGUAUACUUCAUCACCUUUCAGCCUGUAAAUACGUCCAUGAACAAAUCUCUUUUUAAGUCACCCACAAUGUUAUGUAAAACAUUAGAGUAUUUCUGUCCCCACAAGUGAACACAGGAAACUUUCUGAAAUAUGUUGCUACCUGCUGACCCAGCACUGGUCCCCUGACACUCCUCUCCCUCCACAUCACAUCCAGUGUUUGAGCAAAACACAAUUAUAAUUUAAAAAUGUCUAUGGUAAAAUAAUAUAUUAAAAGUG